AUGGCGAGGCGGCGACGGGGCGCGGGGCCCCUCUGGGCGCUGGGGCUCUGCCUCGCUAGGGUCGCCGGGCAGCUGGUAGAGCCCAGCACGGCCCCGCCCAAGCCCAAGCCACCCCCGCUGACCAAGGAGACGGUGGUGUUCUGGGACAUGCGCCUCUGGCACGUGGUGGGCAUCUUCUCGCUCUUCGUGUUGUCCAUCAUCAUCACUCUGUGCUGCAUCUUCAACUGCCGCGUGCCCCGGACCCGGAAGGAGAUUGAAGCCCGCUACUUGCAGCGGAAGGCCGCCAAGAUGUACACGGACAAACUGGAGACGGUGCCCCCCCUCAACGAGCUCACGGAGAUCCCCGGAGAGGAUAAGAAGAAGAAGAAGAAGAAGGACAGUGUGGACACCGUGGCCAUCAAGGUAGAGGAGGAUGAGAAGAAUGAAGCCAAGAAGAAGAAAGGGGAGAAAUGA